GUGUUUUGACGUCACUAGGACGUCAAGGACACAACAAACCCCUCAAACCCCAAGCUGGGAAGCAACAAACAGAAUAAGCUGAAAACUCGAUUGCAUUAAAGUCCAGCAAUGAAGCUAACUCUGCGACGUUACUCUUGGCUGCUGAUGUUCCAGUUUGCUCUUCUGGGAGUGGACUUGUUCUUCAAUGCCUUUGGGCCUUCCCUGGCAAGGAAUCGCUUGCAGACCGCUAUAUUCUUCUUUGUCACCCAGGACGUCCUCAUCAUUGCCGAAUAUCUGUUGUUUGCAUUGGCUCUGCACUCCACCUGCGUAUACCAGGUGGGCGCCUCGCACAUUAUCCUGCGCCAUUGUAAGCUCUUUCUGGCCAGCAUAACCAUCUAUUUCCUGUUGUCCGCAUCCCAGCACUUUUGGAUCGUGUACCAGUACAGCCAGCCGCCUGAUGCCGACGAUGGCCAACAGUGGCCGCUCGGUCUGAUUGCUUUAUCCGUAAGCCAACGUAUCAUGUCGGUUUUCUAUUAUUAUAGCUCUAAAUCGACCGCACUUACUAUGGCGGAUCCUCGAUUUAAGGAGGAGCAUCUUGAUUGGAUUGCAGAGCAGUUGGGCAAUAAGUAAUUUCGCACAACUUAUUGCCUUGCAUAAGGACAAAGCACAUGUAAUAAAUGUAAAUAAAGGUCAGAUAGUUAUUGG